CUCCUCGUCUUCUUCCUCCUCCUCCACUCACCACUUGCGCGGCAGGCAGGGCCAGGUCUAGGGGCAUCCAUCCAUCCCCCCUUGCACCACCUCCUCCUCCUCGCUCCUCACCUCACUAGGUGAGCGACAGCGAGAGACGACACAGGAGGGACGAGACACACCAGCCGUCCCGUCCAGGACAUCCAUCCAUCCCUCCCUCCCAAGUCCCAACCCAGCUUUGACCGGGCUGCUCCAUUCCCUUUCCCUCCGCCGUCAGUCCAGUCCACCGUCACAUCCCCCGCUUCCGCCUCUCAUCACCCUCCUCUCCUCGCCCCCUUUCCCCGUCGCUUCCUUCCUUCCUUUCCUGCCCGCCUCCUGCUCCCGCUGCUCCCGGGGUUUCCCCUCGUCGCGAGCGGCCGGACGUCGCCAGCAACCGCACCCAUCGCACCCAAGAUUUGUGUUCGUGAUGUUCCAAGCAAAGCACCGACCGAUGUUCCCCUGACUGACUGCCCGAAUCCCCACCGCAUUCCAUUGCAGCAGCAGCGGCGGCGGCGAUGAGGUGCCUGCCGUUCCUGCACGGGGACGCCAAGUCAAGGGACGACGACCGGCGCACGGGCCCCAGCGGCGCCAUGUCGGCCUCGGUGCGCUCCUUCAGCACCGAGUCCACGGAGCGCGACCCGCGCUCCGGCUCCGACCUCAACUCCAUCAACGCCUCCGACAUGAGCGCCGAGUCCAUCCGCCGGACGCAGUACCCCAGCUUCACCGACCGCCCCGCCAACCUCCGGGUCUUCACCUUCCCCGAGCUCAAGGCCGCCACCCGCAACUUCAGCCGCUCCCUCAUGGUCGGCGAGGGCGGCUUCGGCUGCGUCUACAGGGGCGUCAUCAAGGGCUCCGACGACCCCACCGAGCGCGUCGAGAUCGCCGUCAAGCAGCUGAACCGCAAGGGAGUCCAGGGGCAGAAGGAAUGGUUAACAGAAAUGAACGUGCUUGGGAUUGUAGAGCACCCAAACCUCGUCAAACUAAUAGGUUACUGCACGGACGACGAUGAGCGGGGAAUGCAGCGGCUUCUGGUAUACGAAUACAUGCCCAACGGAAGCGUGGAUGACCACUUGGCAAGUAGGUCAACUUCUACUCUAUCAUGGCCGAUGAGAUUGAAAGUAGCUCUUGAUGCUGCCCGCGGGCUCAAGUAUCUGCAUGAGGAGAUGGACUUUCAGGUUAUUUUCCGAGACCUGAAAACAUCUAACAUUCUAUUAGAUGAGAACUGGAAUGCAAAGUUAUCGGACUUUGGAUUGGCUAGGCAUGGGCCACAGGAAGGGCUAUCCCAUGUCUCCACAGCGAUCGUUGGAACUCUAGGAUACGCCGCGCCGGAGUACAUGCAAACCGGGCGCCUCACCGCAAAAAGCGACAUAUGGGGCUACGGCGUGCUCCUCUACGAGCUCAUCACCGGCCGGCGUCCCAUCGAUCGGAACCGUCCAAAGGGGGAGCAGAAGCUCCUGGACUGGGUGAAACCGUACAUCUCCGACGUCAAACGGUUCCCCAUCAUCGUCGACCCGCGUCUUGAGGGCCACUACGACCUCAAGUCCAUGACAAAGCUGGCCGGCGUGGCAAACCGCUGCCUCCUGCGGCUACCAAAGACGCGCCCGAAGAUGAGCGAGGUGUACGAGAUGGUCCAGAAGAUCGUCGAAAGCGUCGAGAUCGGCCCACCGGAGCCUCCCCUGCACUACCAUGGCUCGGUGUCCGGACCGGGCGCAAAGCGGACCAAGAAAGGGUCACUGAAGAGGAGGCUCCAGGAGUUCAAGUUCGGGUGCCGCCAGAUCGUGUGGCGGGGCUGGAAACCUGAGAUCAUAAAGACCUGCUGAAAUGGAUGCCACCCUCCUCCUACCUGUGACUGGAAUGAUUCAGAUUCAAGCAAGAUGUGACCUGAACCUAGUGGAUUUCUGCCCACCAAUCGGAGGAUGCGCCUUAUCGCGAGCUCGAUGCGGAAUGAUCCGAAUAUCUGGUGCUGGGUGGUACAGGUACAUUCCUGCCGGCCAUCCUUUUUGCUCAGAUAAGACCCAGACCCGGAUGCUCACAUCAGAAAGAGACCCCCUUGUGCAACUGGGAGAAUUUCUUGGUGCUAGCACAUUCAUAGAGGAGGCUACAAGUCAGCCCGAUGUUUCGAUCGGACUGUCAGCAUGAUUGAUCAUUUGUUACCAGAGAGUAGAUGAUGACCAAAAUCUCCACCGCUAAUAAUCCGGCAAAGGUCAUGCCGGUGGCGAAUUUUCGCCGGACAAGAGAAGAGUUUCUGCUGUUCCCCUGUAGCCGUAGCCUGUAGAUUGUGCUGUUGGCUGGAGGCAGAGAAAUUCUGUUACUUUCUGCACAGUGAACACUUUCCAUUCCAUUCUAUUCCAUCAUGACAACAUCUCCUUCCUCCCCAACUUAACUUUUCUCCGGCGACAUGGUGCAUAUGGGUGGAGCAGAAUUGGGGGCAGAUCUCCCUGUGGUGGGCAGCAACCGUGGGGCUCCUUUCGGCUUCGGCGAAUCGGACCGGUCGACCGGUCGCCCGAUUCGCCUGUCGACGAAGAACCGACGGGAGCCUGCCUUUCUCCCCCCCUCCUUGGUGUGAGGUGAUGUCCCUCUCGUGUCCCCUGACAUCUCAUACGCCGGCCCUGUCAAGGCCACCACCAUUCCUGGCGUGGUGCCCAUCAUCUUCAGAGAUUAGCACAUGGUUUGUGUGACGACGGUGCAUCGUCGUCUUCAGAAAACCAGGUGCAGAGUACGUGUGGCAUGUGGAGCAGAUGGCGAUCUGCCCGACCUGCCACAUGGUUCGCCGUUUGCAGCCGCUGCUUUGUGCCGCUCGCCGCCGAUGGCGAGGGCUACCUGCCGUGAAAUCCGGCAGCAUUCAUGCAGCUCCUUUCCUCACUAGUUUAUGGCUUUUCUUCCCUCUUAGAAAGUUUCAGAGUUAAAAACCGUCCGGAGGUCACCAAGUUUGUUAGGUUCUGAUCAAAGUGAAAAAAUUCCGGUUCUCGGUCCAAUCGCCCCCGCGCCGCCCCGCGACGACGCCGGCCGUUGCUCCUCCUCGUCGCCACCAUCGCCGUCAUCGGCUUUGGAUGUUUCUUCAUGUAAUUAGUGAUAUAUAUUCUACAAAAACCUG